UACGUAUACGGCCAGCAACCUCAAUACAACCAGCAACCACGUGGCGGUGGUCCUCCUCGGGGUGGGCGAGGUGGUCAUCAAGGCGGUAGAGGAGACUUUCACGGUGCUCCUUACUCCCAUCCACCAAAUGGUUACAAUGGUCCCCCCCAGAACCAAGGCCCACCACAGAAUCAAGGACCGCCAGCUCCUUACAACCCUCAUAAUCCUGCGGCAGGCUUCAACCAAGGUCCGGGUUCACAAGGACCUCCUCAAAGUCAUGGCCCAAGUGGCGGGUUCUCUGGUCCACAGUGGCAAGGUAACAACAAUCAUCAGCAGAAUGGCCCGCAACACCAAGGCCUUCCUCAUCAAGGUCCGCCACACCAGGGGCCGCCUCAGCAACAUCCUCAGCAGCCACCAAUGCAACACCAUCAGCCUGCUGCUCCUUUGGUUGCCCAGAAUUACCACCCCAAUUAUGCCCACCAGCAAGGGUUCAACCAACCACCACAUCAACCAGCGCCCCAACUACCCCAGCAACCCCAGUAUGGUCCACAGCAACCUUUGCAAUUUCAAAAUUCCCACCAACAACCUCCAUAUGGUCACAGUGUGCCACCCAGUCAACAUACUUCCCCGCAGUGGUCUGGUCCGCCACAACAAGGCCCCCCACAAUUCAAUAAUCGUGGUCGUGGCCGCGGUGGUUUUACCCCUGCUGCUCGUGGAGGUCAUGAAGCACCCUUGAUGGGUCCUCCUAUUCGAAUGGGUUUUGAUAAUGAGCGAGGAAACCAUAUGGCUCAAGCGAGCAAUGGUUUUACUCCACAGUAUCCCCCUAAUCACCAAUCACCGCCUGUUCCUUUUAAUCAACCUCAAUAUCAAGGAUAUCCACAGAACUUUGUUCAUGGAGGACAGCGUCCACCUCUUGAUCCUAAUCCUUUCAAUUCUGGCCCUCAUCGUGGCAGAGGCAAUACAAAUUUCAGAGGCAGAGGUCGUGGUGAUUUCGUCUUUCGCGGCAAUGGCAAUCAUCAGUCUAAUGGUCAUCGAGCAACUUCUGAGAACUACCAUAAGCCUACAGGUGUAGAUGCUAGUGGCAAGAAGAAGAAGAAGCGCAAGACAAACACUCUCGGACUCACACCAAAUGGUGUCGAUCACGAUGAGAGUGAAGAUGAUCUCGAUGAAGUUGAUGAAGAAGCUCGACUUGUUACUUUACUUGGUCCUGAUACUCCACAGCUGCCAACAGAUCUUACUGCUUGGCUUGCAGAGCGCAAAGCUAGAUUCCCUACGAAAGCUCGUAGAGAGGCUGCUGCAGAAGAACAGCGUCUGCGCCGUGAGCAAGGCCGAUCAAAGGGUCAUCCUGUCAAGAAGGAAGAGGAGACCAAGCUUGAGCGCGACCAACGAAAGGCCGAGAAGCUCAGGCUCCAGCUUGAGAAGCUUGAACGUAACAUGUCUGGUGCCAAGCGCAAGCGUGAAAAUGGCGACGAAGGGGACGAAGACCGUGGUCAAGUGAGUGAGAGUGGUUCAGAAGAUUCGUCCGAGGAGGCGGACCAAAGACCAGAAGUUAUUUCAAGCCGUCUCGGUGUCCCUAUGCGCAUGCCUCCUCCACCAAAGGCCCAGCUCCAGCGGCAUUGCAAAUACUUCUCAACUGGGGGUACAUGCGGUAAAAAGGGCAAGUGUCGUUUCGUUCACGAUCAGGAGGUACGGAAUCAAGCUUUGAGAGACAAGGACGCCAACGGUGGCAAGAUGACCCUCGCUCAGCGCCUGAUUCUCAACGACACUGCGAAGGAUGAUUUGACCAUCUUGAAGUCUAUCAAGUACCUCAAGGAGAAGGGUUUGAUGAAAGAUCAAGUCGAUGCCAGUGCAAAGAAUGAGCACGAUAUCAAGAUAGAAGACAACGGUUACAUUGAGAACCUGAAUUACGGAGACAAUUAA